AGUGAAUCUACAGACUCAUCCAGCAUCAACAUCCGUCCUCUGCGGCACUUUGAGGACGUGACAGCAGCUGUGUCAGAAGUCAGAGACAAACUACAGGACAUCCUGAGAGAGGAAUGGACAAACAUCUCACUGACAGUGACUGAAGUGGAUGUUUUACUGACAAAUUCACCACCAGAGCCAAAGACCAGAGCUGGAUUCUUAAAAUAUUCACGUGAAAUCACACUGGAUCCAAACACAGCACACACACUGCUGUUAUUAUCUGAAGGGAACAGAAAAGCAACAUUGAUGGAAAAACAACAGUCUUAUUCUCGACAUACAGACAGAUUCAGUGGAUGUCGUCAGGUCCUGAGUAGAGAGAGUCUGACUGGACGUUGUUACUGGGAGGUGGAGAGGAGACGAGGAGUUUGUGUAGCAGUCGCAUACAAGAAUAUCAGGAGAGACGGGGGGAGUGAAUGUGUAUUUGGAUUCAAUGACAAAUCCUGGGCGUUACAAUGUGAUAUCAACGGUUAUAAGUUUUGGUACAACAGAGUCCAAACUCCUGUCUCAGGUCCUCGGUCCUCCAGAGUAGGAGUGUACCUCGAUCACAGUGCAGGUAUUCUGUCCUUCUACAGCGUCUCUGAAACCAUGACUCUCCUCCACAGAGUCCAGACCACAUUCACUGUUCCGCCCCUGCCGGGCUUUUUCUUUAUUCUUCUGGAGACACUAUUGAGUUGG